AUGCUCGAUAGCACGGCGGCGCGAAGCAAGGGUCAAGUUAUAACCCGGUUUGGCCAAGAGCAAAAGUGGAAAGAGCCCGCAAUGAUGAUGGCCGACCAGCUAUGGACGUGGCAGGAGGAAAACGUCAUGGUAACGGCCUUUCCUCAACGACAAGCUUGCUCAACAGACGAUCCAGACCCAUUUGAUACGACUGGCGUGCGUGAGAGCGUCAUCUGGAAGACUCGUUCAGGGGAAAUCAAAUAUUCCUGUGUCAUCGGUGAGGUGAAUCUCAUGAAGGGCAUUAUCAAAGAGUGCAUUAGUACCUGGAUGGACGUGGAAAAGAAGCUGGGGCAAGAGUUUAGGUUUUUGGACAUGUUUAACAUUUCCAUCAGCAGGAUCGCGGAUGGCGAGGCAGCUUGCUAUGAACGCUUCGUCAAUAAGCUGGGACAACCGGGACAGCAGUAUCGACUUGUCAUCGCCACCGAAUCAUAUCUGCCUCAGGAAAUCAAAGAUAUCCAGGAUGAACUGCGGAUGAUAAAGGCGAUUCUAGUGGACCAACUCGAAGUAAUUGGUAAAUUGUUUGCCUUGGCGCUGCGAGACCCCAUAUUCAAACAUCUGUCAGUUAGUCGUGCCCUAGACAAGGUGAAUGCCAUGCAGGACGAAGCGGAAAGAACCCCUCAACAGCUCAAUGCGCUUAUGGACCUUCAGCAACGCCACGCUACGCUUUGGGAGUGGCGGUCCACCCGACUCCAGGGGAACACGAUUAUGGUCUUCACUGUUGUGACUAUUCUCUUCUUACCCGCCUCCUUCAUGACUUCCAUCUUCGCAUUGCUUGUCACCCAGUUUCAAUGCAACGGGGAAGGCGAAGAGAAGAUGAAAUCUACCUAUGUCGUCACUUGGAUCAAUAUGUUGCAGUCACUCACACAACGUUAUGUAUUCGAUUUCCUUUUGGUCCCCACGCUGGAUGCUAACAGUGAGCCACUCGAUGAACAUCUAUAG